UACCCCGCCCGGGGCUGCUGGAAGGCAGUGAGGUGGGGAUGAGCACACACCUUGCCUGCCUCAUCCACACCCUGGGGGGUUGGGGAGCAGGCAUCGCCCCACCUCCCAGGGGAAGAGACGGGGCCCAGAGAGGUCCAGGUCUUGGCCCAGGGUCACACGGUGAGGGAGCCCAGAGCUGGACCUAGACCUGAGGAUCAGGCCUCCCCACCCAUGGCCCCCCCCACCCCCCCAGCUGUGGCUUGUCUCCAAAACCCACAUUCCUGAGAGAUGGCUGCUCGUCCUCCUUGCAGGCCUGCCUGCUCGUCAGCCAGCGUCUCCCUGGGCCUGCCCUGGGCGGGGGUGCCCAGUCCGCUCACCCCACCUCUCCCGGACAGGCACCACACCACAGCCUCACACAUCCUUGAGGAAUCGCUUGGGGAAUUCAGUCUCCCAGCUGAGCCAGAGGCUCCGCCGUCCAGGGAUAAGCACGUCCGAGGCGACCCCGAGUGCCCCCUGCAUAUCUGUGGCGUGACAGAUGACAGCCCGGCUCAGACCCCGCCUGACCCCGCACAAGUGGCACAGUGGCAGCUCCAGGUCCCAGGCGGUGGCAUCUGUCUCCUCCAGGCUCAGACCCCGCAUGCCCUCCCCACAGCGCUUCCCUCAACCCUCCCGCCUGGAGGUGUGCUCACCGAGGCCACACACCUGGCGGCUGACGCCAGCUGGGGACCCGCGGGUCUUUGUCCCUGCGCCAGCCCGAGCGAUCCCGGCGCCGGCUCCACUUGCAUACCUCCAGGGACGGGAAGCUCACUAUCCACCACGCCCCCGGGGCACCCAGACAGCGUUUCGGGGUAACGGGCCGCGCCGGGCCACUCCCGGGCACCCCCUUGGAUCCACCUCUGCGAGCCGGCGCCCCUCGGCGUGGAGGGCGGGGCGGGGCGGGGGGGCUGGCGGACGGCGGG